GUGGUCUUGUGCCGCAGUGCUACUAGUAUGUGGUUGUUUCAGAGAGCGCUGUUGGUCGGAGCGGUGGGCAGCAAGAGCUUCGCCAGAGCAAUGUGUGCCCAAGCCAAUGACUGGCAGUCGGCCAAAUCCAUAUACGAGUUCUCAGCCAUAGACAUUGAUGGAAAUGAUGUUUCUCUGGAGAAAUACAGGGGUUAUGUGUGUAUCAUCACAAACGUAGCCUCUAAAUGAGGUAAAACUCCAGUAAACUACACUCAGCUUGCGGCAAUGCACGUCACGUACGCUGAGAAGGGUUUACGCAUCCUGGGCUUCCCCUGCAACCAGUUCGGAAAGCAGGAGCCUGGAAGUGAAGCGGAGAUUAAGGAGUUUGCUAAAGGCUACAAUGCAGAGUUUGAUCUGUUCAGUAAGAUCGAUGUGAACGGAGACGCAGCUCAUCCUCUCUGGAAGUGGAUGAAGGAGCAGCCCAAAGGCAGAGGAACACUGGGGAACAACAUCAAGUGGAAUUUCACCAAGUUCCUCAUUGAUAGAGAGGGUCAGGUUGUGAAGAGGUACGGACCAAUGGACGAUCCAAGCGUGGUGGAGAAGGAUCUUCCCAAGUACCUGUAGAGUGUGUAUGCUGCGGCGUCUCCGUCCUGUGUUUUGGGCUCUGUUCUCUCUGGAGCAGAAACGCUGGACGUCUGCAGGUGAAGCCCAGACGUGUGACGGCUGAUCCUCAAGCCUGUGUUCAGGUGGGUUCGGCCUGAUGUUCCCGACGUGCAAAAAUACUGGGAAAACCCUGCAAAUGUUCAGACAAGUGUGUCCAGAGAGGAGCUUCAUGCACUGAAAAUACACUGAGCAAUCUUUUAUAAUCAACAGCCAUAAUUAAAGAGUCAUGUCAUCAUC